GACAAAGAAAAAUUGUAGAGUGGUUGCUGGAGAAGGAGAUCAUUUUUCCAGCCAGCGCAACACUAAGGCAACUUCGUAAGCUUGCCAUAAGUGGUGGAAUGGACGAAGUUUCUGAAAGUCCGGUGAAUAAAUCGGAUAUUGAAUCGGAUGGAAAAGUGUCUGAAAAUGAGCAGAUCGACGAUAUGAAAGAAGAAGAAUUUUUUGACGCCGCAAUAAGGGUGGCUGAGAAAAAGAAGAAACUGGCUGCUUUAAUGGUAAUGGACAACUAUAUGACCGAUGACAUCCGAAUGGUCAAGCAACUUAUUGCCCCUUUUUCUGCCAGUGAAAAUGAUGAAGCCUCUGAAUGGGUCUUGAAUUUUGAACGGAUUUGCGGAGGCGUGAACGAAAGCAACAAUUUUAAGCUUCGUUGUGUGCGCAUGUUGAUGAAGGCGGGAACAGAGGCGGACUUGUUCAUGCGUGUCGACAAAUCAAAGACUUACGACGAGUUUAAGGGAAACUUCCUAAAAACUUUUGGCCGCAGCAAUUCAACUGCCGACGUGGUACUUCUGUUGAAGGAAACCUUUUUCAACCCGGAGAAAAACUCCGUAAUGGGAUAUAUUCUUCGCAUGGAAGAAAUUGCUAUGCGUGCCGACAUCGAAGAGAAAUUGACAGUGCAGUUCAUCGUUGAUGGUUUUCGUGAUCGAUCUUCCAGUAUCGCCUUAUUGUAUUGCGUCGACCAUCGGAAAACUUAAGGAGCUAGCUCGACAAUACGAGGCUUUGAGGAAGAGUACCCAGACGAAUUUUAAGCGCACUGGGAUGACCGCUUCCGGAAAUGACCGGAGCCAGGUGCGCUGCUAUAAUUGUUCAGCACAUGGCCAUUAUGCUUCAUCGUGUCCCGCACCUAAGCGGGAGAAGGGAUCGUGUUUCCAGUGUGGAUCCAUGCAGCACCAGGUGAAGGAUUGCCAACAGAAGCCUAUGCCAACCCAGCGAUCCGUGGGUACAGCCAGCAACCCGCCAAUGGACGACAGAGAGGAGAACAAUAUUUUUGUUCCUAUUGUUAAUCAGCGCUAUUAAUUUGAUACAGCA